AUGAAAGACUUGGGAAAAACCAAGUUCUGUCUCGGCCUGCAGAUCGAGCACUUCCCUGAAGGGAUAUUCAUACACCAAUCCAAAUACACAGACAAGUUAUUGGAGAAAUUCUACAUGGAUAAGUCCCAUCCACUUAGUACUCCAAUAGUAGUCCGAUCACUUGAAGUUGAUAAGGACCCGUACAGACCUAAAGAAUAUAAUGAGGAUAUUCUGGGACCAGAAGUUCCUUACUUAAGUGCCAUUGGAGCACUUCUAUAUCUUGCCAACUGCACUAGACCUGAUAUUGCAUUUUCAGUAAACAUGCUAGCUUGUUUUAGUGUUGCUCCAACCAUAAGGCAUUGA